GAGCGCCGUAACGACCGAGGCAGCAUUUUAAAUUCGUACCAGGAUGCUGUUGUCAAAAGGGCAGGACGGAGCGACGCUGCAGCCACCGGGGGAACAGUCUGCCGACUAGUUGCACGUAGAUCUCACGGUUGUGUUUGUUUGUUUUAAACCUAAUAAUCUGCAUUUUAUUUUAUUGUUGAAUCGGUAGUUUGAAUGUCGUUCGCCGUCAAAGGUGGUUCACUUUAGUUUUGAUUUGAAUAUCACCAGCGUAAGCAAAGCUAGCUUCCAGGGCUAAAUUAACUUCGAUCCCUUAUCGAUACUUGGGGGAAAAAAAAAAAACUUAAGUUUAAUUUUUUCAAAGAGGACCGAAGAGCACUUCGACCCGAAAAUGAUCGCCGGUACCGCGAAGCCGGCGAAUCCGUCGGCACACGUCGACCCUAAAUCGGCUCCUCUCAAAGAAAUCCCGGAUAUUCUGGUGGACCCGCGCACCAUGACCCGGUACGCGAGGGGACGCUUCCUCGGGAAAGGCGGUUUCGCCAAAUGCUACGAAAUCACGGACACUGAGACGAACCAGGUUUUCGCCGGUAAAAUCGUGCCCAAGUCGCUGAUCCUGAAGCAGCACCAGAGGGAGAAGAUGACCUCCGAAAUCGCCAUUCACAAGAGCCUGAACCACGCCAACGUCGUCGGGUUCCAGGGCUUUUUCGAAGACGACGACUUCGUCUUUGUCGUGCUGGAGAUCUGCAGGAGAAGGUCCCUCUUGGAGCUGCACAAGCGCCGCAAAGCCGUGACGGAGCCCGAGGCCCGCUACUACAUGACCCAGCUGCUCAAGGGCGUCCAGUACCUGCACAACAACAGAGUCAUCCACAGGGACCUGAAGCUGGGCAACAUCUUCCUCAGCGACGAGAUGGAGGUCAAGAUAGGGGACUUUGGUUUGGCCACUAAGAUCGAGUUUGACGGCGAGAGGAAGAAGACCCUGUGUGGAACGCCCAACUACAUCGCACCCGAGGUGCUUUGCAAGAAAGGCCACAGCUAUGAAGUGGACGUCUGGUCGCUCGGGUGCAUAUUGUACACUCUGUUGGUGGGCAAGCCCCCAUUUGAGACCUCGUGUCUGAAGGAGACUUACAAUCGCAUCAAGAAGAACAACUACACCAUCCCCUGGCACAUCAACCCGCUGGCGACGUCCCUCAUCAAGCGGAUGCUGCACGCGGACCCCGCCCAGAGGCCCACCAUCACGGAGCUGCAGGCGGACGAGUACUUCACGUCGGGCUACAUCCCGUCGCGCCUGCCCACCACGUGCCUCACCGUGCCGCCGCGCUUCUCCAUCGCCCCCUCCACGGCCGCAGAGCUCAACCAGCGACGCCCCCUGACGGCCAUUAACAACAAAGCCGGGACGGAGAGGGUGGACGCGAAGGACGAGCCGGCGCAGAGGGAGCCCGAGCCGACGGAGUGCCACCUGAAGGACCUGCUGCAGCAGCUCAACACCAUCAUCGCCGCCAAGCCCUCGGAGAAGCCGGUCAUCCGCCAAGAAGAGGCCGAGGAUCCUGCGUGUGUUCCCAUCUUCUGGAUCAGCAAAUGGGUCGACUACUCGGACAAAUAUGGAUUAGGCUACCAGCUGUGUGACAACAGCGUGGGCGUGCUCUUCAACGAUUACACGCGGCUCAUCAUGUACACCGACGGCGACAGUCUGCAGUACAUCGACAAGGCGGCGGUGGAAUCCUACCUCAGCGUGCGCUCGUUCCCCGCGGUUCACAACAAGAAGAUAACGCUACUGAAAUACUUCCGCAACUACAUGAGCGAGCACCUGCUGAAGGCGGGCGCCAACAUGGCGCGGCGGGACGGCGACGAGCUGGCGCGGCUGCCUUACCUCUCCCUCUGGUUCCGCACCAAGAGCGCCAUCGUCCUGCACCUCUCCAACGGCACCGUGCAGAUCAACUUCUUCCAGGAUCACACCAAGCUGAUCCUGUGCCCGCUGAUGGGCGCGGUGACGUACAUCGACGAGAAGCGAGAGUUCAGCACCUACAAGCUCUCGCUGCUGGAGGAGUUCGGCUGCUGCAAGGAGCUGGCCAGCCGCAUCCGCUACGCCAAGCUCAUGGUGGAGAAGCUGCUGGAAACCAAGCUUUCACCCCAUUAGCCCGGCCCAAUCACUGGUGCUCUCUCUCUCCCCCUUUCCCAAUCAGAGGACCCUGACAUUCUCACCGUAUUUUAACGAUUCUUGUGGCCUCUUCGCGACCGUACCACUCCUCCCACUUUGUACAUGAUUGUGCUCUAAGCCACUGAUUUUCUUUCUUUUUUUUUUGUGUGUCCUUUUUCUUCUUGCUGUUGUAAACUUCUUGACUUUCUUAAAGAAGCUUAUUCCAACAUGGCUGCAGACAAGUUGACCCUGUGCGUUCCAAUGAGACGAGAAGGAGGCUGUUAAGUGUUCAAAUUCCCAGAAUUCUCCUCCACUCGUUGAAUGAAAACGUCUCUCUGGUCUUUGUCUGUUUGUUUUUUUUGUUUGUCCCUUUUUUUUUUUCUUUUUUUUUUUGUGUUGUAUGUUGAGAUGGACCAUGUUAAUACGUCUUCAUCAUGCACAUUCUUCCUGUAGUUGCCUUUUUACUCUUUUUAUAAGUCUGUUUUUAGAUGUCUUGUCUUUCUCAACAAGAUGUGCAAACCUGUACAUAACUGCUCAAUAUGCAUAUGUUGUAAAGAUGGAUUUAUUUUACCCAAGUUUAAAUAAAGAUUCUCUUGAACUUGA